AUGGGGAAACGGGGCGGUAAGAGAGGCAACCGAGGCCGCGGCGGCGGCCCACCACGCCCAAGACAGGACAACCGCGCAUACAAAGCAGAGAUCAGUCGAUACAACGAGAAAUUCGAACAAUACUACAAUGAGCUUGGAAUAAUACCCGAUGAUGAGAAGUCUGAUUUCUGGGAGGCCAUGCGGAGAGAUCUGCCCAAUAGUUUCAGGUUCACUGGAUCAAAGGCACAUGCCCUGGCUGUCCAGCAGCGCCUGCGCGACUAUUAUAUCCCUGAGAUCACAUCCAUAACUUACGAAGGCCAACACGUCGAUGCCCCGCGACCCGUCGAGUGGUACCCUGAUCAACUGGCCUGGUUUAUGACCACCCCCAAAAAUGUCAUCCGUCGCUUCAAACCAUUCGCGAACUUCCAGAAAUUCCUGGUCGCGGAGGCAGAUGUUGGAAAUAUCACUCGGCAGGAGGUCGUCAGCAUGAUUCCACCCUUGCUCAUGGACCUCAAGCCUGGCAUGACCGUUUUGGAUCUGUGCGCCGCGCCUGGGAGUAAAUCCGCGCAACUUAUCGAGAUGAUUCACGCUGGAGAGGAAGAAAGGUCCAGACAAGUUGCUACAAGUGUCGCCAAUGGUCUCGAUCGACCGGAAGGAGAAGAUUACGAAGAUGACGGUCGCUCCACUGGUCUGCUCAUUGCCAACGAUGUCGACUAUAAACGAGCCCACAUGCUGGUCCAUCAGAUGAAGCGAUUGAGCUCGCCGAACAUUAUUGUGACGAACCACGAUGCGACUGUCUUCCCCUCGAUAAAAGUGUCAGCCACCCCAACGAAUGGCGGGAAGCCAGGGCAGAAUAGGUAUCUGAAAUUUGACCGUAUCCUUGCUGAUGUCCCUUGCUCCGGAGAUGGCACAGUAAGGAAGAACAUGGAGAUAUGGAAGAACUGGACACCUGGCAAUGGGCUCGGUCUACAUGCGACGCAGGUCAGAAUCUUGAUCCGUGCGCUACAAAUGCUGAAGGUAGGGGGACGAGUGGUCUAUUCAACCUGCAGCAUGAAUCCGGUCGAAGACGAGGCGGUCCUUGCGGAAGCCAUUAACCGCUGCGGAGGCCCUGAGCUAGUUCAGCUACUCGAAACAAAGGAUUAUCUACCGGGUCUCAAGCGAUCUACCGGGUUGAAAGAGUGGGCUAUCAUGGAUAAAAUCGGUCGGGUUUGGAAAGAUUACGACUCUGUGCAGAAGCAAAAAGAAUCCGCGGGCGAAGAGGGUUUGGGUCGCUUGUCGGAGAGCAUGUUUCCGCCGAAGAAUGACUUGCCCCUGGACAGAGCUAUGCGCGUUUAUCCUCACAAACAAGACACUGGAGCAUUCUUCAUCGCCAUCCUGGAGAAACGGUCCGAGAUCAGAGCCAAGCCCGAAGAGAAGCCGGCGGUUGAACCGGCGACAGUAAAAGUAGAAGCCGCCGACUCCAACGAGACGAUCGAAAUCGAAACUGUCCCUAAUGGAGCGGUCGAGAAACUCAACGGAACGACACCCCUGGAUGCAGACACACCGACUAAGAGAAAGCGCUCCGUUGAUGAAGAGGAUGUCUCGCCGGUGAAGCGAGUCAAGAGCGAAGAGCAACCCGACAGUAAAGCUGACACCAGCAACGGGCAAGCACCAGUGACGGACGACUCUGCUGCGACGGCGAAGCCAUCCACUACGAACGGCCAACUGUUGAAGAAGAAGAACCGUAAUCAACCAUUCGAGGAACCAUUCAAGUACCUGUCACCCUCAAUCCCCGAGCUCGCCCAGAUCAAAGAAUUCUACAACCUUUCUCCCCGAUUCCCGCAGGACAGAUACAUGGUCCGUAACGCUCAAGGCACCGCCACCAAGAACAUGUACUAUACCAAUGCGCUUGUCAAGGAGGUCCUGCAAGAGAACGAGGGAAAAGGGCUCAAGUUUGUGCAUGCCGGCGUGAAAAUGUACGUCAAGCAGGACGCUCCGGCGCCCGAUGUAUGCCCCUGGCGGAUCCAGACGGACGGGCUGCGGCUCCUUGAGACAUGGGUCGGUCCUGAGCGCAUCAUCAAGCUGCACAAGAAGGAGACGUUGAGGAAGCUCCUGGUCGAGAUGUUCCCGCGGUUCCACGGCGACGAGUACAAAAACCUCGGCGAGGUCGGCGAGCAGAUCCUACCCUUGAAAAUGGGCUGUUGCGUGCUUAUUGUCGAGCCGAGUGACGCCGAGGAUGGCCUGAGCGAACGCAUGGUCUUUCCUCUUUGGAAGUCGAUCCAGAGUUUGAACUUGAUGCUCCCCAAGGAGGAUCGAAAAGCCAUGUUGUUGCGGUUAUUCAACGACGAUACCCCGCUGGUCAAUCUGAGUAAAGCCUGGACGGCUGGCGGAAAGACGGAUGGAGCAGAGUCGACAAAGGAUGCGCAGAAGACUGGAGAGUCCGACGUGAUAGACGUCGAUGAAAAGUCUCAAGAGCCGGCAACGGAUCGCGCUCGCAAUAGCAGCUCUCCCGAGUCUACGGCCGGCAACGCGGUCGAUGACCAGGGCAAAGGCGAAGACGCUGGCCAGGGCGCUGCAGUUUCGGAGGAUGAGGACGAAGAAGAAGAUGGCGGCGUGCAAAUCUCUUGA